CCGCCAGGAGCCCGCAUGAGGCGUUCCCGAAGCGUUCCCGAGGCGUUCCCGGCCGCUCCUGCGUCACGGCCCCGCUCGGCGGCGGAAGCCGCGAGGAAGGCGGGGCGGGAGGGCGGUGUUAAAGCGGCAGCGGGGCCGCGCUGGGCCGGGCCGAUGGAGUCGGACGGCGGCGCGGAGGAGCCGGGGGGCGAGAGCAGCUAUUUCCUGUACUACGCGUACGGCAGCAACCUGCUGCGGGAGCGGCUGGUGCUGCGCAACCCCUCGGCCGCGCUGUGCGCCCUGGCGCGCCUGCAGGAUUUUAAGCUCGAGUUUGGCCAUCAUCAAGGCAGGACAAGUCCUGUCUGGCAUGGAGGUACAGCUACCAUUGUUCAGAGCCCUGGAGACGAAGUAUGGGGAAUAGUGUGGAAAAUGAACACUUGCAAUUUAAGUUCGCUGGAUAAGCAAGAGGGAGUUGAAGAUGGUUUUUAUGUCCCAAUAGAAGUUAAUGUCUACACUCAAGCAGGAAAGGUGCUGACCUGUCGAAGCUACCAGAUGAAGGACUAUGUCUGUGGUCCCCCUUCUCCGCAGUAUAAAAAGGUUAUCUGCAUGGGUGCAAAACAGAAUGGCUUGCCAAUUGAUUACUUGGAGAAAUUAGAAGCUAUUGAAACUAAUAACUAUGCAGGACCGGUGCCAAUAAUGGAAGAGAUUGAAGCUGCUAUUAAAGCAGAGAAAAUAAAUUCUGCAUAGAAUACCUCUGCAUUUGCUUGGCCAUUCACCUUGAUUUAGAUACCUCUCCUCACUGUACUGAUCAGCAGUUUCUUUAUUUAUCAAGAAAAGAUGAAUUUGUUGUGCAUCUACAGUAAAUCAUUAGAUAUAAUUUGCAGUCUGAAGACAAGCUGACAUUGGUAACUUCUUUUUGUAUGUAUAGCUUGAGUACAUGCUGAAGGUUUUGCAGAUUUAGAAAUUAUCUUUCUGUAAUUGUCAUGCAGUGCUGCACACAAGUUUGUGCUUCAUGUCCUGUUUACUGACCUUUUUAACUGAAAAAAGGCCAUCUUGAUGAGUUUUGGCACCUGUUACUUUCUGAGGAAUAAGGGCUGCAGGAUCAGGCCCUUUGUUUUUAAAUGAUGUAUACACAAAUAUCAAGAAUUUCAAAGAUUUAUUAGGUGUAAAGUAAACUCAAAACUCUAAACCUUUUUCUCUGCUACUUCUCUUAAUGGUUUAAAGCCCAGCCUAUCUGAUGCUGUGGAGUUCCUGUUUAUAUAGUUAACCAAGAAGGAAAAAAAAUAUUUUUUUAACUCCUUCCAUGUGUUUAAGUGUUAGUCCAAAAGGAAACUCAGGCCUGAAGACAACAUUCAACAAAGGAUCUGGGUCAAAGCAUCAUGGCAUCCUCCUUUCUAUGUUUAGUAAUCAUCAUAGGUGAACUGGUUAGCUAUAACCAACAGACUUAUAAAGAAUUCAUUUUAGUUAAAUAUUUCCAAGUUUUCUUAAAUUACCUUUUUGUACCUAUCUAGGCCUUGGUGUCAUGUCCAGUGAAAUCAGAAAGUCUCCUGUGAGUCCUAGCACAUUUGUUUUGUGGUUUUGUUUGUCUAUUAAACCCCAAAUGAACAGAAUUUGGCUUUUUUUUUUUUUUCCUACAGCUUUGACAAUCUUGUGCAAAACUGAAAGCUUUUGUAAGAUACAGAGUACUUAUCUUCAUGGUACUUGGCAACCCCUGUAGUUAGUCUAUGGGCAACAAGGAGAAACUGACAACCUGGAAGAUGUCAAAUCACUGAACUUUGGUUUAUCUUCUCUAGGGUGUAUUUUUUUCUUUUGAUGUACAGAGGGAUGUAAGAUAUAGUCAUUGUCACUGUGUGACUGCUUAGAUAAACAAUUGAUAAAGCAACAGACUGACUGUGUCUUCUCUGUAUAAAAUACACUUCUGCCAGGUAUGUGUAAGUGCUGUCCUGAUGUCAUAUGCCUGUUUCCAGAUUUGGGCAUGGUGGCUACUGUAAAACAUGGUACUUUCUGUAUUAGCACUGUCUAGUCUGAAACUGAGUAAAUAAAACUGUGAUUACCAAAA